AUGCUCUCAUCUGUAAAGGAUUCCCACAACUAUGAGCACGCGGAGGACGCAGCUGAACAUGGACAUCAUCAGAAGUUCGGGGCCGACAUUAAUCUGAACCAACAUGGCGCUGAUUAUACGCCGCUCCACUUCGCCGCAUUGUCCGGAAAUACGCACGUGUGCCGCCAGCUCCUGGAUGCGGGCAUCAAUCCGAACRGUAUAAACAGCGUGAAUCGCACUGCCUCGCAGAUGGCCGCCUUUGUGGGCAAUCACUCGUGUGUGGAGACCAUUAACAACUAUGUGACACGCGCCAGCCUGGAGUACUACACACAGCCGCAUGGUCAGCAAACAGAGCCGUACAUUCCAGUCGUGCUUCUGCGGUCUUUCCACAGCUUUGUUACGGAAAUCAAUCUGCAUCCCGUUCGAAUCACGCUAAAUGCCCAGUCGUUGGGUCUCCUCAAGAUACUGCCCAAUCUUCGCAAGGCUCUGUCGCUGAUGUGCGAGAAGGAGAUGCAGAAGACCCACGACAUAAACGAGCUGCUCGCAUUUAAAUUCCACUACUUGGCAUGGAUCGUCAGGGAGCUUAUGCGCUGCGAGGAGCAGUUCAAGGCSCAGCACAAGGAGAAGGCCGACGACAGCGAGGCCAACAAAAACGAUUUCGUUGAGGUGUUCAUAAAGCGUGUCCUCAAGGAGAACAAACUCGGCCAGCUGGACUACGUCGAGUAUACUGUGCGUGAAUGCGCUCGAGAGUUUCCCUACCGCGAGUGCACCAUCUUUCGCCAAAUAGCCACRCAGCUGGGCGCGAAGGACGCGCCUCCUGCUCUCGUCAUCCUCCGCAACGCCAUCAACGGAUUGCGCGGAUUUGUGGACGAGUGCAGCUACUGCAGCACGUGUGGCCAAGAGAAGCCCGACAAGAAGUGCUCCAAGUGCAAGGCGGUCAAGUACUGCGACCGCGAGUGCCAGCGUCUGCAUUGGUUCAUGCACAAAAAGAGUUGUCCCCGUCUCUUGGCAUCUGUGCUGGCCGGGGCUAAGGAGCAGCCAAAGGCGCCCAUCGACACGUCCGAACUGCAAGAGGAGCUGUCCAAGCUGACAGCAUAAUGUCCUGAUUACCUGCAUUUU